AUGAUGAAGAAUAAAAGCAAAAAACAAGAGGAUGAAGGAUCGACUCAGAGCAACGCAUCAAGGUAUGAUCCUUUCACUUUUUUCCCUUUUCCCUUUUUCUAAUGUGAUUCGAUUGUUUACAUUGUCAGGCAUGGCUGAUCACCUGUGUAUGUAUUUACUACGUGGUUCUGAUGAAGUGCACCACUGUCAUGAAUGACCUUGCUUUUGUUUAAAAGCCACACCCUGAUUUUCCUACCAUUUCUUGCUCUCAAUACUCAGAUUUAAGGCCUGUGUUAGGACAUCAUAGCCCCCAAGAUGUAUGUUUUGGAGUCAUUUAUCCUCAUGUCAGACGACUAAUCUGAAAAAUUUAAUGUCCUAUCGCUAUGAAGUAAAAUGACCUUGUCAUACUUGUUGGUACUGCAAUGCACCAUUUCAUCAAUGUUGUGAACUUUUAUUUAUUUCAAUAACACAUGUAUUGCCAUGGGGAUAUUUAUGAUUAUAAAAACACUGUCCAGUUCUCACAGGUUAAGUAACAUAACUUGUCCUCAUCCCUUUAACUUGUUUUACUUUGCCUGGAGCAGCAAUUUUGAUCUUUUUUCUGUGCAUCUCAAUUUUUUUUAUGAAGACAUAGAAGUAAUCUGAAAACCACAGUUUUAUUAUGCAUUAAAAUUUGUUUCCCAAGUUUAUUAUCUCCAAACAUGUUUGACUUAAUGUAAAUAAUGUUGUAUUUAAGGAAAACUAAAAACUACCUACCUCUUUAUUUAACUUAAGAUGUUAUACCAGAUUAUCCUUUUAACCUCAAGUGUGUUGCUUUUAUGUGAAGUUUAUUUUUACUCAUUUGAAAGCCUCAAUAUAAUGAACAGUGUCAGUUAACACAUUGUCCAAAAUAGAGCUUUUAUUAUGAUAACUUCUGGAUGUUUGCUUUUCAAAUUAAAGCACUUAACUGAUUUAUUCAUCAUAUGUUGUUUUGCAUUCUUAAUUAGACGGAUUAAAUAGGUACCUAAUGUUUUAUGUGUAUUAGCUUUGUGAAUUGAUUGUGUUGACUGAACCUCUGGUGUGAUUGUUACAGUAAAAAGUUGUUUUCUGUGUAUACCUGGAUUUGUACAUGUUCUUUUUAAAGCAGAUAACAUUUAAAGGCCUGUGGCUUAAAGUUUUGACAAACUAAUGUAAUAUUUUUGACAGUGUUGUUCUCUUUUCUUCCUUAAAAGUGUUAUGUCAUUUUCAGGGGUCAAAACCUUAAGACAAUUGGCAACACCACACAUUUAUGAUCAAUAAAGGUGGCUUUAAAAACUGACAUCAGGUGAUUUGCAUUAUGUGAGGAUCCUACAGGAAUGCAGGAAGAACAGGAGUGCUCAACCAUCAUUAUAUCAAUUUUUUUUUGCAAAUAUUGUACAAAUGCACAGUGGCAAUUCUUAUCACAAUGGCAGCCAUCUUUUCACAUCAGAUAAAGUUGCCUGAUCUCAGUAAAAAGAAAUACACAAAGAAGUUGAGGUGCUAAAUGCAGGUAAUCCUUCUCACUGCAUUUCACUGACUGUGCACUGCAGCAGGUUACAUCACACUUGUAGUUUCUCUGUGUGAUCUUGUGGCAGCCAUUUUAGUCUUUUUUAGCUGUGAGUGAAGUAUUUAUCUACUCCUUAUGACAGCACAGCCUUAGAAUUUAAACACAUCAGCACUGUGGCCAUGUAGAGUAGCAGAAGAAGCUGAAGGCUGGUGCUUUUAUAUGACAAAACCCCAUCCCUUUAAAUACUGUUUACAUUCAGACUCUCCUAAGUCACAAAAUGGCCCUUGCUUUGUGUGGCCAGCUAGCUCACUUAUCUGUAUAACUCUGCUUAGAGAACUACAUGGAGGAGGAACAGGAAGAGUUCAGGGACAGGAAAAGCCUGCAUGCCUUGCUCCUAUAGGCCAGACUUUCACCUAGCAACAAGCCAACCAAUGAUUAUUCAGAGGAUCCCAUCACUGCCCUCCCCAUUUCUGACCUCACUUAAAGAGGAAGGAGUCAUGCACUUCCGAGUUAGGUCAUUGAAGCUGCUUAGAGUACAGACUGAAACUUGCAAACCAAAUAACAUUUUCCUCUUGUGAGUGAAUUAAGAGCAUAAAUAUUUACAUCUGGUUAAAUAGUUUAUGUUCCACAUACAAUUUAUUUCACGAAUUGAACAAACAAUAGAAUACAAAUGCGGUCAUUGCUGCUCACACGAUAAGCAGAGCAACAAUAACUCUAGAAGUCUAACAUGGAUAAAAUUACUGAUGGAUGUAUUUUAGAAACCCACGUACCAAUGUGUCUCACCAAAGCAGUUCCCCUAAUUUCUGGAGCUUUAUUAAAGGUUAGCGCCCCCAUGUGUCCAAAGAAUAGACUGCACGCAGGAAAAGCCAGACUGAAGAGCACAUCCAACAAAGCAACAAGCUAAUUUCCAACACUAAAUCUUUGUGAAUGAACAUGUUGCCAUUCUAAUAUUUAAGCAAAACUUAACGGUUUAAUACAAAGAGAACAGAAACAUUAUUAUGAACUUUGAGAUGGCUUAAAUCUGAGUCACCUGUGAGAAGUGGCCUCUGAAUUUUAAAGGGUUUAGCAAACAUUUUGAAGUUUCUUGAGCGCAGUUAUGCAUUUAUAGUUUUUAUUCUCCAAAUCUGCAUCUGUUUACCAGUCAGAGUUAAUUUAUUUUGUCUAAAUGAUACAUCUUUUAACCAGUUUUCUCUAUUUACUCUGUUUGAAAAACCAUGAGCUGUCAUCAAUUAAGCCUGAAGAAAUCAGUCAUAGGGAAAACUGGGGAAGAAUCCAUUCACCAAAAGCCUUUAACAAGGGGCAAAACUUUGACGUAUCAUUUGUAAGAAGCUAAAAAGUACAUUUUAUUUAAAGCCAGUGUUUCCUAUCUCAGAGUUUUCUAUUUACACACAAAGAUCUAUAAGAUCAGGGCAAAGUCUACCUGGUGUUGAAGCACCUUUGUAACUUUCUUCUUUUACUUUCAAGUGCCUGGGUGCAAUUAUUUUUGGGAAAAUCAAACAUUGCAUUCGUGUGUACUGGUUAUUUAACAGCUUUACCAUAAUCACACAUGUAGCUGAAUUUUAGGAAAGAAGAGAUAUUUAAAAGCUGGUUCUGACUAAAGUUAAGCUGUAGCUUAAAUCAGUAUUUCAGUGGCGGAAAGCCUUUCAGAAGGGCUGUAAGAGGAUUUGUGUGCCUAAGAGAGAAUAGGGUUAUCAUAAACCUGUUAGCAGAACAAGGUACCCAUACCGUUAUGUAAUAAAGUUCAGGUUUCCUGUUGGCCUGCAAACUUAUUUUACUCAUGCUGUUAAGCUCCUGCAGUUUCUCUCCGUCCUAGAGACAGAGUGUGCACUUAACAUUUCAAGAUUUAACUUGUUGUCACUGAAGCCUUAGUAAAAGUUAAAGCUUGUUAUAUGCAAAAGCAGAAGUCUGAACAUGUUCUUAUUCCUGUAGCAACUCGGCGUCAGAAGAGUCCAACCACUCCGCCUCAGAGUCAGGAAGUCAAUCAGAGAGCGAGCAUGGCAGUGAGAGGAGGAGAUCCCACAACUCAGAGUCAAACAGCUCUUCAGAGUCAGAGAGUCACUCAGAGUCAGAGUGCGAGUCUGCGGGCUCCAAAUCUCAACAAACCGCAGAAGAAGUCAAAGACAAGCCGGUCAAAAAGAAGGAGCGGCUAACCAAUGUGAAGAAGGUAAAGGUCACUGAAAUUCAGCGUGGCGCUAUGUCUUCUGUGACAACUCACUGUUUCCAAAGCAGAUUAAGAUUCCUAUCCUCUAAUGAUGGAGAUUGAGUUAACUGUGUGUAAUCAGGCUCUUGAUGUGAUUACGGAGAUUUGACGCACAGGACAGUUUGUAGUUACAGCCCAAGUCAGAAAUUUGAUCAGCCAGGUUGUCUUUGUAUCUGUAAAAACCGUAUUAUCAGGAGGGUUGACAUUUGAGAAAGGUCAGGUUGUAUGCUUUGUAAGGUAAGUGCACGCACCAGGAAAUGUGUCUUAAUUGGUUGUCAAUAAACGUGAUUCUUUCACUAAUCAAUGCACAAAAAUGGAGGCUCCAACAUCCUAUUUUGCUGCCUUGAUCCCAAGAUAAUUUUUCCUAUCCAUUAAGAGCCAUUAAAACAUCACAAUGGUAGCCGAAGUAAUUGAUAUUAUUCCCCAAAUAACUAAUAUCAAAUUAAUUGGCAAGCACAAUCAUUUGCACAUUUACCAAGUAAAAUAGCAUAGAAAAAAUAUGGAGUGAUAUCUUAUUUUGAUAUAUCAGCUGCUUUUCUGUAUAGCUGUGCACAUCUUUGAAAUUUGAAGAAGCUUAAACGAGGACAGGAGUUUGUCCUGUUUCUGUUCAACACUGCAGUGUAUUGAUAUUAUCCUGCUAAAAUAAAUAUAACAAAAGCUGAAAGAUCAUGAAGGGGUGAAAUUGUAAAGCGGUCUCAGAAGCACAGCUACUUAUGACACUUAAAAGAUGACUAUUAGACACCAGAAGUAUAAGCUGACUAUCUAUAAUAUCUGUAAUUUUAGAUGUUACAAGUAAGGGUACUUCAACAAUCUUUGGGAAAUGAAUUGGUUUGGAUGGAAAUAUAGAAAUGAGAGGGUUUGUAACUAUUCUUCUGAAGAAUGAUUGCUUGUUUUGGUAACAUAGAGUAUGUUGUAAUCGAGCCAUGCUCUGUGUCAUUACAUAGAAAUCACAAAUUCUUUGAUAACACAGUCCUGAACCACAUUCAGAACAUUAAAACAGGUGAUGUAAAUAUUAAGCCAGGGCAAAGCCAAAUAUCAUCUAAAUGAGAUGUGGGCAGAGUAUAUGAUAGGAACAGGUCAUAUCAUGUUAAAAGCAUGGGAUUUGUUUUCACAGCUGUGGGAUGAACAUCCAGAUGUGUACGGAGUCAGGCGCUCCAAUCGCAGCAGACAGGAGCCAGCCCGUUUAAACAUCGGAGCUGGGGUAAGCUGCAGCACAAAGAAAAACCAGCACCUCAUGCGCAGUAUGAUAUUCCCUGUUCAAUGAGCUGUCUCGGCACCACCAGCUCUUUAAACAUGUCAUUAGCGCCAUCUAGUGGAUGCAGUCAGCUCAGAGCUUGUUCUGAAGUGUCUGCUUUCUGUGCUGACUGUGUUUUCAGGGUAGCAGUGACUCAGAGAGUGAGAGCCCAAAGAGAAAACGAGCCAAGAAAAAGGAGUAAGUUUGAAGACUGUGAACAUUUUUAUUACCAUUGUAGUUUUUCUUUUGCCUAGAGUUACAGUGACAGUACGGCACUAUUUUUUUUAUUUUUAUCCAGCCAUGUUGAGAACACUUUUAUUGGUAAAACUGAUUCAACUCAUACAUUUCUUUGCCAUUGUCUUGCCAGUGUGUGUUCAUAUUAUGGUCCUUAUCAUUUGAUGUGUGUUUGUUAAAUGGGUAUCUGUUUGCUCCAAUUGGGCACCUUUAGUUUCAGUCAGCCAGGUGAUGUUCCAUAUUGACACCAAAUUUGAUUGGCCCGAUCAGUGGCUUAUCCCUGAUCAAAUUCUGUCGUGGUGGACACCCUAUGGCCAAUACUUCUUUACAUUUUGAAUUGGUUGAAGCAGUGGUUGGCCUUGAGGGUGAACUUGUGGCAUUUCUUUGUUGUAAGAAAUAUCUGGAAAGAUGAUGACUCAAAUGAUGAAGAGGAGGAGGAGGAUGUGGAGGAGGAGGAGGAGGCUUCCGACAGUACAGACAGUGAGCAGGAAGAGAAAAAAGUUAGAUCCAGACGACUUCCUGCUAGAAGGUAAGAGUGUAGCGAAGCCUGGCCAUCAGACAGCUACCCAAUGGUCAUCUCAAAUCAUUCAUCAAAUAGUGUGGGCAGCCAUUUGAUCACACUUUGUGUUCUUUGAUUUGGUGUGAAGUGUAAACAUGAAUGUUGCAGCCUUGUGAUCAAAAAGUUUAAUCUGAAAAAAAGAAUUUAAUGCAGUUCUGGAUUAUGUUACGACCACUAUAAGCUCCUAGAGUUGAAUAAAUAGAAUAGUUCAGUUGUUUAAUCAGAAGCCAAUAAUCUGAGAGUAAUCCUGGAGGCCCACUGCGGUCCAAAUCUAAGCUGUUUCUUUGUUUGUUUUGUUUAAUUGUGUUUUUUUAGACCUCAGACCAAAUCUACAGGCAAAAAGCAGCUGUCUCAAAAAGCAAGGAAGUCUAGGAAACAGGAGUCAUCAGCUGAAGAGGACGACGACGAUGAUGACGACGAUGAGGAUGAUGAGGAUGGGGAAGACACUCCAAAGAGACAGACACGAAGAAGGGGUGCGACUAAAGUCAAAAGGUACAUUUCUUUGUGUACUGUAUGAAUAAAAGUACAACUUUCCCUCUGAGUGAGCAGAUGGGGAUAUGAAGUUCAGUUUUGUCAGAUUGCCGGAUUAUUACUGUAUCUUGAUUUACCUUUUUUUUUUUUUUUUUAAUUGAACUGUAUCUUGAUUUCACCUUUUUAAUUUCUUAAAUUAUUAUCAUUAUUAAUAUUUAUAUUAAUAUUUUUUUAUUUUUCUGUUUUUUUUUAGUUUGGUCUCGGAAAAAAUGUAAAACACAAUAAAAGUUGAAUGAUAAAAAAGAUGCCGGAUAUUUUUAACAUCUCCUGUUUAUAAUAUAUACUGUAUCUACUCCUACAGCUACAAAGAGGACCAACAUGACUUUGAAACAGACUCCGAUGACUUGAUUGAAAUGACAGGGGAUGCUGGAGAGGAGCAGCAGGACGACGACAGCGAGACCAUUGAGCGAGUUAUGGACAAUAGGAUAAGCAAAAAAGGAGGUGAAGCAUUUUCACUCCUCUGUUUUUCGUAUGAGCUCCUUAAAAUGAUACCUGUCACUUUAAUUGGUUUUGUAAGUGUAUUUGCCUCACUGAAACGGUUUAAAGUGUGUUUUUCCUUUUUCAUCUUGUAGCCACCGGGGCCUCCACCACUGUGUAUGCUGUAGAGGAAAACGGGGACCCAUGCGAAGGCUUUGACCCCGAGAAGGAUGAAGGAGAGACUCAGUAUCUGAUCAAGUGGAAGGGCUGGUCCUACAUCCACAACACGUGGGAGAGCAUGGACUCUCUGACGCAGCAAAAAGUAAAAGGAAUCAAGAAAAUGGACAACUACAAGAAGAAAACCGAAGAGCUGAACUCAUGGUGAAAAUCUGUCUCCAGGUUCACAUUUCUUGAACUAAUAAAUGUCCGUCAGGAGUUUUUAAUACUCUCUCUCUCUGUCUGCAGGUUGAGGAAGGCAUCACCUGAGGAUAUAGAGUUUCAUAACUGCCAACAGGAGCUCACUGUUGAAUUAAGCAAACAGUUUCAGUUUGUGGAGCGUGUAAUCGGUAAUAAUUCUUCAUAAAUGUGUUUAAUUUUUCUGUAUGCGCAGCAGAUAAUCUUUAAAAAUGAACAACUUGUGAAAGAGUUUUUUUUUUAUUCGCAGCAACAAAAACAGGAAAGACACCAGGAUCUUCAGAUUUCCCCUGUAAGUCCCUUUUUUCAUUUUUCACAACAUUACAGUUUAUUAGCUGGUCAGUGAUAAUAACCAUGAAAUGUUUCCUUAUUCUUCUUUUAAACAGCUCACAGUCACAAGACAUCAUCCUCCAAUGAGCCAGAAUAUCUAUGCAAGUGGAUGGGUUUACCAUAUUCAGAGUGCAGCUGGGAAGAUGGAGCUCUGGUUAGAAAGAAGUUUGAGCCCUGCAUUGACAGCUUCAUGAAUAGAAACUCCAGUAAAACCGUACCUUCAAAAGAUUGCAAGGUAUGAGUCUGAUUACAGGGACCCAAAAUGUCCUUGUAUGUGUCUGUAACUCCGCUUCUCUUUCAUUUGAACAUUGCUGGAAAAAUAUUUCUUCUAAUUAGAAAAAUGUAUCCCUUACUUUCAUUUCAGGUACUAAAGCAAAGACCGAGGUUUGUUCCUCUGAAGAAACAGCCAACGUAUAUCGGAGAUGAUAAUCUUCAACUAAGGGAUUAUCAGCUGGAUGGCUUGAACUGGUUGGCACACUCCUGGUGCAGGUAAUUUCAAAUGUCAUUUGAGUAACGCUUAACUUGACGCCCAUCUCUAUAACGCAUUAUAAAUAUAUGUACAAUGCGUUAUAAUCACAUUAUAGUACUGUAUAACUAUAGCUAUAAACACCCAUAAAUGAUCAUAAUGCUUUUAGCAUUAAUCAUAACACAUUAUCAAGUAUUUUAUUAUGUGUUAUGAUUAUUGUUAUAUAACGCCUUAUGAUAAUUAAUGAGUGUUUAUAAUGAUAGUUACACAAGUUUAUAAGCAAAUUACAACACAUCAUAAAUAUAUGUAUAAUGCAUUAUCUAUGUGGGCAUUGUCAGUGAGUUGUUAACAGUUAUCACACAUUAUAAUACCUGACCUUGUAAGUCAUGAUAAAAUGCUUUAUAUUGUGUUAUGAUUAUCGCUAUAAAGCAUUAUGAUCAUUUAUGAGUGUUUAUAACUAUAGUGUUAUAACGUGACCAUAACAUAUUAUACAUAUAUUUAUAAUGCGUUAUAGAGAUAGGUGUCAAGUAAAGUGUUACUGUAAUUCGCACUGAUGACCUUAUUUAAAACUUAAACCAGUUAAAGUGGGGAAAAGAAAGAUGAUAACUAUGUAGUUUUCUUAUUCCUCUUCCUCAGGUGCAACAGUGUCAUCCUGGCUGAUGAGAUGGGACUUGGGAAGACCAUCCAGACCAUCUCCUUUCUGUCCUACUUGUUCCAUCAACAUCAGCUGUAUGGGCCCUUCCUCUUGGUGGUACCUCUGUCCACACUCACCUCCUGGCAGAGGGAGUUUGACACCUGGGCCCCGGACAUGAAUGUGGUGGUUUACCUCGGUGACGUCAUGAGCAGGAAAACAGUAAGUUGAACCACAACAGUCUGGACUCUCAUUGUACCAUCAGAUUCUUUUACAUAGACUUAUAUUGUUGCUCCUGUUCUUUGUAGAUUCGAGAUUAUGAGUGGGUGAACCAUCAAACGAAAAGGAUACGUUUCAACGCUCUUUUAACCACCUAUGAGAUUCUUCUUAAAGACAAGGUAAGCUCAGUUAUUAGGAUUCGUCAGAGGUUAUGUAGCGCUAAAGUGUGAACUGCUCGGUUUCACCUUUAAUGUUGUCUUCAGGGUGUUCUCGGGAACAUAAACUGGGCAUUCUUGGGUGUGGAUGAAGCUCACAGACUCAAGAACGACGACUCCCUGCUCUACAAAUCUUUAAUGGAGUUCAGGUCUAACCACAGACUCCUUAUUACCGGCACUCCGCUGCAGAACUCCCUCAAAGAGCUCUGGUCACUGUUGCACUUCCUCAUGCCCGACAAGUACGUCCAGGUUUAAGAUGAAACCCGAACCAAAGCAUGGAAAGUUUCAUUUGUCUGAAUUCCAGCUGGAGAUGAUCGACAUCUGUUAUCCCCAUUGUGCACCACAGGUUUGAUUCUUGGGAGGAUUUUGAGGAUGAUCACGGUAAAGGGAGAGAUAACGGUUAUCAGAGUCUGCACAAAGUCCUUGAGCCGUUCCUCCUGCGCCGUGUCAAGAAGGAUGUGGAAAAAUCCCUCCCUGCCAAGGUGGAGCAGAUCCUUCGUGUAGACAUGACUGCACAACAGAAACAGUUUUACAAGUAUGGUUUUAUUUCUGUCUUUUUGGUAACCUAUUUCUUACACACAAAGCUGAGGUAGCUGCAUUUCUUGUCUUCAUUAACAGAAUUUGUUCCUCAAUGUUUCCAGGUGGAUUUUAACGAGGAAUUACAAAGCUCUUUCCAAAGGCACCCGAGGCAGCUCCUCUGGCUUUCUCAACAUCGUUAUGGAGCUUAAAAAAUGCUGUAACCACAGUUGCCUCAUUAAGCAGUCUGAGGACGCCGAACCCGAAACACCACAGGAUUACCUGCAGGUAUGUCUCCUCAUGAGCCUUUUUAAGCUCGCAGCGACACCUCAGGAUAUCCCCGCUCCAUGAAAGAAGCUAGCUGAACAAACACAAGUGCAGCUUAAUUUCUCCCAAACUCUGCUCUCUAAACUUGAACUCUGGGUGUUUUAGAGCCUCGUGAGGGGCAGUGGGAAACUGGUGCUGCUGGACAAGCUGCUGACUAGACUCAGAGAAAGAGGGAAUCGAGUCCUGAUCUUCUCCCAGAUGGUCAGGAUGUUGGACAUUCUGGCUGAGUACCUCACUAAGAGACACUACCCAUUCCAGGUAAGAUUUACAUCAUUUCUUUUUUUAUUGUAGUGAUAGUACGUUUUUGUUCUUAAUUUUUUUUUUAAUUCCAGUUCGGAGAUAUAUAUUUAUUUUUUUAAAUUGUAUGUUUUUGUUUUUUAUUAUAGUGAUAGUGUUUUUUUUAUUUUGUUUUGUUAUUUAAUCGUAGUGAAAGUACGUUUUUGUUGUUGUUUGUGUAUUGUAGUGAUAGUUUGUUUUUGUUUUGACUGUGGUGAUAGUAUGUUUUUUUUGUGUGUUUUUUUUCACUGUAGUGAUAGUAUGCAUGUGUUUUUUUGUUUGUUUUUUUAUUGGAGUGAUAGUACAUUUUUGUUGUUGUUGUUUUUUUCUUGUAUUUUUUUGUGGGCAAUUUUUUGCCUUUAUUGAUACGACAGAUUGGAAAUAUGGGGAGAUAGAGAGAGAUGGGGGAGGACAUGUAGCACAUGAUUGGGGCCGGACUCGAACCCGCUACCGCUGCAGGGACAGUGGUCCCCAUACAUGGAGCACGCUAACCCGCUCCGCCAUCUGCGCGCCCCAGAUUUACAUCACUUCUAAGGCUAAGGGUGGAACAUAGAAGCAGGAAAAAUGAUCAUAUGUGAACUUGUGAGCAUCUUCGCAAGGGCUAAAUUAUGUCGAUUGUACAGCUGGGUCAGAGCAUCUCCAAAACUGCAGCUCUUUAGGAGAGUUUCUGGUCUUGCAGAAGUCUUUCACUACCUACCAGAUGUGGUUCAAAGAGGGGAAACUAGGUCACAGGCUCACUGAGGCUCACUGAUGUACAGGGAAGCAAAGGCUGGACCUGACAGAGGGACUGGAUGGCUGCAGACCACACAAUAUCUGUGCAGUAUCUGCUAUCAUCCUGUCAGUUUAGAGGAGAAUUAAACCUCCAGAAGGUUAGACUAACAUUUUCUGUCAGCUGUUAUCAGCUUCAUCACCAGUGUCUCCUGUCACUGUGUCAAUAGCUGCUAUUUGUUAUCCCAGAUUAAAGUUUCUGACUGUGGUCUUUAUUGGUGUUUACAAUAAUAAAGCCUGUGGGGAGGCUGUGUCAGGCGGGUUGCGCUGGUAAGGAGCAUCAGAUGUCAGUGUUGUUGUACACAUACUCCAACAGGCUGAGAGCUCAUGCGGUUAUUUAUAUCGGUGAGUUAUUUUCUGUUGAAGAAGGCCUGCUGAACUCCUGCAAGUCUCUCCUGCUUGGGGUUAUUUUUGCUGACAUAUUGGUUGUAGACUGUUGUGAUCAAUCUGAGUAAUGGACUGAGUACGCUGACAUGCCGGGGAAAGGGUUGUCGGGGUUACAGCAGGAGGAGGACUUCAAAGGUUAACUCUCUGUGCGUUUGCCUCUCUGCUCUCUCUGCUCUCCAGCGGCUGGACGGCUCCAUAAAGGGAGAAAUCCGAAAGCAAGCACUUGACCACUUCAACGCAGAAGGCUCAGAGGUGCGUGCAAGCAUAACUUAAUCCUAUUAACUGAUAGACUGAGGGAUUGCAAGUAUUAAAAGAAAAUUUGGCAUUAAAUAUGUAAUUAAGCUGCUGUAACAAAUUACUCCUUUGAAUUUUCAUGAAAUUCAUAUCUCAAUUAUGAGGAUGUUAGCAUAUCCUCCCCCAAAAAAGCAGUGCUGGCAAAAUCGUUUUUGGAUAAUGACUAAAUUAAAUUCAUACAGUUCCAGCAUGUAUUUGACCACACUUUAAAAACUCUAAGUUAACUUUAACUCAUGAAAGUUGUGAUUUUUCUCAACUGUAUUAAAAGUGUAGGACACAAUAAAAAGUGCUGGAGUAUGUUGUUUCUUUUGUUCUUGAAUAUUUCAUGUUUAUAAUCAAAUCAUCUGUUUUCCAGGACUUCUGUUUCCUACUGUCCACCAGAGCUGGAGGUUUGGGGAUAAACUUGGCGUCAGCAGACACAGUAGUCAUCUUUGACUCAGACUGGAACCCUCAAAACGACCUGCAGGCACAAGCAAGAGCUCACAGGAUCGGACAAAAGAAACAGGUAAACCAUGUCUCUAAUUCACGUCUGUCACAACAGAUAAUCCAGAAAAUCUUACAAGUACAAACGUACCCUGUGGUUUGCUUCUGUAGGUGAAUAUUUAUCGACUGGUCACUAAAGGAACAGUAGAGGAGGACAUCAUCGAGAGGGCGAAGAAGAAGAUGGUUUUAGACCAUCUUGUCAUUCAGAGAAUGGACACCACAGGUCGGACUGUACUGGACAGCAACUCAGGAACCACAAAGUAAGAUGUCAGAAAUGAGAUACAGUUUUCUGUUGAUUCAUUUUGUCAGAGAUCAAGAAACUGAACCUCUGUUGUUGCUUUUUUGUUCACAGCUCAAACCCGUUUAAUAAAGAAGAGCUGACUGCCAUCCUCAAGUUUGGUGCAGAGGAACUUUUUAAAGAAGCAGAAGGAGAAGAGUCUGAACCUCAGGUAUUUUAGUGGCUGAUAUUUAUCUUCUCUUCCUCUAAAACACUUCCUAGAUUUGAGUGAAGUUAAGCCUGAAUUUGUCUCUGUAGGAGAUGGACAUCGAUGAGAUCCUGAGGUUGGCCGAAACAAGAGAAAGUGAUCAGGGCUCAAGCGCCACAGAUGAACUUCUAUCUCAGUUUAAGGUAUCUGCGAGUUUGUGCUGUUGCAUGAAGUCUCCACUGACUCACACCAGACAUGAAAUCAUACUGUCCAUGUGAGGCAUCCCUCUUUUUUAAAUUCUCUCCUUUUCCUCUCUGCAGGUGGCUAACUUUUCCAGCAUGGAGGAGAGCACCCAAGAGUUUGAGGAGAAGCCCAUACGUGAAUGGGAUGACAUCAUCCCAGAGGAGCAGCGCCGCAAAAUUGAGGAGGAGGAAAAGCAGCGAGAGAUGGAGGACAUCUUCAUGCUGCCCCGAAGCAGGAGUUCAAACAAGAAGGUAAAAGAGAAGAAGAAUUUAAAGCUUAGUGGUUGAAAAAAGAAGAUACCUCGGCUUUUGCAAACCCAGAUCAGAGAUUUCUUGACAUUCGUACCGCUCUUGCUCCUCUGUCUCUCAGGCUCAGGCUAAUGACAGCGACAGUGAUGUGGGCUCAAAGCUCAAGCAUCGUUCCUCCGGCUCUGAUAGUGAGACUGAUGAUAGCGAUGAUGACAAGAAGCCAAAGAAGAGAGGCAGACCCAGAGCUCGCAAGAACAACGUGGAGGGUUUCACUGAUGCAGAGAUUCGCAGGUGAAGUCCCCUUUUAUUCCACUUGCAGCAGGUUUGUUUUAUUGGGUUCCUACGCAAGUGUGGGAAGUAUAGAAGUAGUUUGAUCAAUUUCCAAGUCUUAAAAAGUAUGGUAAAUGAAAAAGUAUGUAUGUUUCCUGACUAUUACCACAGUUCUAAAAUACUGUUUUCCAAAAAAUAGAAAAGUAGUUUCAUUCGUGAGCUCAUCUAAAAAUGUCUUCACAGGUUCAUCAAGGCGUACAAGAAGUUUGGUUCUCCUCUUGAGAGGUGAGCACAGUAUAAGCUGAUGUUAAAAAUGAGUAUACAGUACAUCUACAUUAUAGGCAACUGACAAGGCUGCCUUUGUGUUGGAAGGUUGGAAGCCAUCGCCCGAGACUCUGAGCUGGUUGACAAGUCUAUAGCCGACCUGAAGAGACUUGGGGAGCUGAUACAUACAAGCUGUGUGGCUGCAGUGCAGGAGCACGAGGAGCAACUUAAAGAGAACCCAGUUGAAGGUACGAACACUUCACUGUUUAGGAGGUCUAUGCGGUUAACAUCAUGUAGGUCCUGGAUUUAUGUCUGUUAUGCUUUUAGCCAAAGGUCCAGGGAAGCGGCGAGGAAUUAACAUCAAGAUCUCAGGGGUGCAAGUGAACGCCAAGUCCAUCAUCCAGCAUGAGGAGGAGUUUGAGCCUCUGCACAAAGCGGUGCCGUCCAAUCCUGACGAGAGAAACAAGUGAGAGAAAGUUUCUCAUAGAGGAUAGAUAUGGAUAUGAUGUUUGGGAAAAAUGCAUCUCUGUUGCAGAUGUAGUCUAACACGUCUGUUUACUGCAGGUUCAAUCUGACAUGCAGGGUCAAGGUAGCGCACUUUGAUGUGGACUGGGACCUGCAGGAUGACGUCCAGCUUCUGCUUGGUAUCUAUGAACAUGGCUUUGGGAACUGGGAUCUGAUCAAGACCGACCCUGACCUGAAACUCUCUGAAAAGGUAAAUAUCGGUUAUCUUCUGAUGGCACCAAGUUCAAGAUGCUCUAUGUGUAAGUAAGUUUCAUGAAGAUAUUUGUUGCUUGCAUUUGCAGCAAAACUAAUCUGUUUAGCAUGUGAUUAAAAUACAAGUUUUAACCAUUUAAAAAAAAAAAUCAAAUCUUGACCUAGAAAACAUAUUUUUCAGAUCUUCACCAAACAUCCUGAAUAAAGUAAUAGUCAAAGAUGUUAUUCCCUUUGCACAGAUUCUCCCAGAUGAUCCAAACAAGAAGCCCCAAAACAAGCAAUUACAGGCGAGAGCUGAGUAUCUCCUUAAGCUGCUGAAAAAAGAGCAAGACAGCACAGACGUGUCUAAAUCAGGGGAGGAGGUAAGCCGCAGUCAAACUAUGAGUAACUCACGAUACUACUAUCAGCACAUAAAGUUGAUCUUUGAAGCCUCCUAGCAACAACAAAGCUCAAACGCCGUCUUCCUCUAAAGGUCAAAGUGAGGAAGAGGAAGCCUCGAGCGAAAAAGGAAAAGGCACUAAAGGAUGAGCAAGGAAAUGAGAUCUCUUCCCCUCGCCUGUCAGACAACCCGUCUGAGGAGGGCGAAGUCAAGGUGAGACAUGAGAUCAUUACUGUAGUGGCAUUUUCCCUGCUGCACACACACGACACUCAACAGCUGAGGGUCAGUGUCUCCACAUCAGGUUGAAGUUAUGUUCUUGAUGGUACGGAUCAUCUGCUUUUUGCUAACAAUCAACUAGGAUUGUCAACAAAUAUGCAAAAUUUGAAUACAUGUUUGAAUAUUUAAAAAGAAAAAAAAGACUUGAAUGUGAAAAUUAAUAUUUGAAUAUUAAAACAGCAGGAAAAACUGAGUGGGGAAACAGUCACAGGAGGUGCACAUGCAGUGAGACUAGAAAAAAACUGUCUGUGGCACAUGUAGAGAGAGGUGUUGGGAUGUUCGGAGCCAAACUCUGAGAGAGUAGUCUGUACUCCAAGGAACUUUAGAAGCUCCAUUUGGUAAUUCUUCACGGUAGACGGAAAAAAUGCUCAGCGAGACAGAGUUAUAUGCAAACUGUGUAAGCUAGAUAUUCGAAUAUAUUCAACCCUAUGUGUUAUUUUUAGAACAAAUAUUCAAACGUCAUUUUGGAGCAAUUUUGACAGCCCUACAACCAACUCAUUUCACUCUUUGAUAGCUGUGAGUCUUCAAUGCUUAAGCUUCUCUCAUUGAAGCAGAAGAUGAUCCGAGGAUGUUGAACUAAAUACACACAGCUUUUCUGUGUUCACUUUUCCAUAAGCAGUCAGUGUAUCAGUCACAUGCCAAACUGUAAACCAGGCUCUGUAAAGCGGUAAACCACAGACUGAACACUCAAACACCUUUAAAAAGGAAGUGUAUCCAAGCUUGAUUUCUUAUUCACAUCUCUUUAAACCUUUUCACACAUAAACAUCUGAUACUUUCAAAGUAACUCUCAGGGGUUGGUAUUUUCAGGAGCGUGCAUGUCCGUCUUUGGAGGAUGUGCUCUUAUAACGUAAAAUACUCUGUUUGAUGAAGGUGAGGGGGACAGGAGAAGGAGUUGUCUGUACUUAAGAAUGUGUUAAUGUCACUAUAAUGUUUAUAGUGACGUUAUAAACAAAAUUGACAACUGAGUUUAGCAGUGAAGAUUAUACAGCAACACCUGGCCCAGUGUGACUUAUUAAAUAUCCAGAGGUGCUGUUUAUAUGUGAAAGGGUGAUGUGUCAUUUUCUCAACAACAGGAAUUUGUGUAACGUGCUGUUAUUCCUUGUGUUCGAGCAGGAUGAGGGAACAGAGAAGUCCCCUGCUAAGAAAAGACAAAAGAAAAAGGACAACAAAGAGAACAAAGAAAAACAGGGAACUCCGAAAAAAGAGAAGGACGGGGACAAGGAGAAAAAGAGUGCCAAGCCAAGAAAAGAAAAGGUAAUACUUGCUGUGAUUGUAGGUGUGUUAUUUGUUUGUCUCUGUCCUAUCUGUGUUAACGGUUUUAGACAUUACACCUUUCAUGUGUGUGUUAUUUUUUCAGGCUAAAGGAACCAAAGGGAAGAAGACUCAAGGUCCAGUCCACAUCACAGCCGGGUCUGAACCUGUUCCUAUCGAAGGAAAGGAGGAUGACGAACUCGACCAGGAGACUUUCAGUAUUGUGAGUUUGAUAAUAAUCUGUGGAGUACAUGUUUUAGAAACGAUUCAACAGUGUCACUUAUAUACUGUGAAUAUGUGUGCAGUGUAAGGAGCGCAUGAGGCCGGUGAAGAAGGCCUUAAAGCAGCUGGACAAACCGGAUGAGGGUUUGUCCGACCAGGAGCAGCUCCAGCACACUCGCACAUGCCUAUUGAAGAUUGGUGACCGAAUCACAGAGUGCCUUAAAGCCUACAGUGACCCUGAACAUGUGAAAAUCUGGCGAAGGUAAGCUGAUCGGACAUCACCUCUUUAGAGUAACAGUAUUCAUCUGUUCGAUUCUUCUAACCGGUAUUUUGUGCCUCUUUUGGCAGAAAUCUCUGGAUUUUUGUGUCCAAGUUUACAGAGUUUGGGGCAAGAAAGCUUCACAAGCUUUACAAAAUGGCACAAAAGAAGCGAUCACACGAGGAAGAGGCAAGCGGAUUUUUUCAUUUCCAGCAGUUUAUUAGUUGGAGGUGAACAGCGUCACCAUCAUGUUUGUGAAAUCCUUUUGUUGAAUCCUUUCCAGAAGGAGCAUAAGAAGAAGGACGAUUCUGCAGGGAGAGCUAAAUCUUUCAGGGCGGAGCCGUCUGGUUCCAGUCGAGACAACAUGGGUACUCAACUGGCCUCCAAAGGUUCAUCUCACACACCUCAGGCAGGCCCCCACGGACAUCACAGAGAGCCAUACAACGCAGCUAACAAACGGCACUUUGGCAAUGAUGGUAUGUGCGAGUGAAAUCAUUCAGCUCUGAUGUGCAAAUGUCGGAAAUGUCCUUUGACUGGAGAGGCAGAGAGGAGGCAAGACAAGCCUCUGUUACUGUAAUGAGACAUUUAGUGACAUUAACUUUCACACCUUGUAUUUAAGACAGGGGAGACUGGCAGAGGGAUCGUAAAUACAACUACCCAGGCAACAGCAACCAGUCAUGGCAGGGAGACCGACAUCAUCCGUACGACCAACACCGCUACAAGGAUCACUAUGGCGAUCGGCGUCCCCAUGGAGACUCCUACCGCAGCUCAGGCAAUUACCGCAACAACAGCUCCCCUCGAAAACGGCCGUAUGAAUACGGCAACGACAGGGACCACAGGGGGCACAGACCUUAUUAUGACAGGUAAGAGUCAUUCAAACCUGAUUUCAGUCCGAGACAAAGGCUUUGAUGAAACGCUGCUGGGUAGUUGUGUUCAGUGGGGUUGUGGAGGUAGAGGAAUGUAAUAAUCGGACAACAGGGAAAAAAAAUAAACAUAUUCUCAGAAAAGAAAAUUUUUGGUCAUUUUUGUGAUUCAUUUACAACUUUUAUAUUGAGAGUUUUUUCUACAGUAAAAUCUGGUCCCAACUGCUUUUGCAUGUUUCGCUUUAGUUAACACCAGUUUAAGUUUGUUUCACACAGCUGGAGUAACCUCUAAAAAUUUAAUUUCAGGCAUCCUGACCCAAAAAGAAGACGUCCGGAUGAGUUCCGUCCCAACUACCACCAAGGCAGGGAAGGCCCAAUUCAGGACUUCAGGAGGAUGCCAGACCACAGGCCUGCAGGUCCACCUGGCUCAGAGCACUAUACCAGACCCUUCCACCCAGAUAAACCUCCUCCUCUGCUGGAUCCACGCUCCCCACAGGCUCAGAAGUCUCCCCAAGACUCUCGCUCCCCACUUGAGCGUCCCGCAGAGCCGAACGCUGCUGCUGCAGAUCCUAACUGGAACAACAGGAAAACAUAG